GAGGCGCUGUGGGGGGACGCUCCCCAGCUCCUCUCCAACCCCGCUGACCUGCUCCGCUCUACCUGCCCCGUCCUGCCGGGCAGAGGGGAAGCAGAGUGCGAGGAGCGGCCUCAGCCGCGGCCCCCGGCGGGAAGCCAUCCCGGGCGGGAAACCAUCCCUCCACUUCCCGCUUCCCCCCCUCCACCCUCGCUGAAUGAAACCGCCCAACCGACCUCUCCUCCCCGGACACCCCCGCAGAGAAAAUGGGCCAGCCCAGUAAUGGCAAAGUAUAAGAAAUACAGACGAAAACGAAGAGCCCGAGCAAAAUUUCUGCUGGAAAAGAAAGAAGAUGCUGCAAACUCCCAGGGCUCAGGCUGUCCUCCACGGUCAGCAGCUGAUCCUCCUCUGAACAUGUCAUCUGUCCCAAGCCAUCUGUCCUCACUCUGGUCAUUCGCCUUGCCCAGUGUAAGAGAUGUGGUAAAACCCUUUACAACAACAGCAUCAUUUCUGUAUUGUUGGUGCCAGAACACGGUUGCACAGAGUUUUAAGGUGGUUAAAGACACCGUAUUUCCAUCACAAAUCUACUUAAGGGAGCUAAAUACGUUCAGAGAGCAGCUGGAAAAGUUGGAAACUGAAUUUUCCAGACUACAAGGAACACUCCAGAUGAAUGGAAUUGCAGCCUUGCCUUCAGAAAAUUCUCUUUGUCAAAGGUGUAAUAAACCAGUUCCAGGUGCUCCUGUACAAAUGCAGACGGGCCCGCCAUCAUCAGUAUCCAAGCUUUCCACAAUAGAGCUGCAGCCUGUAUCUGCACCCCCUCCACCUCUUCCUCCUCCUCCGCCACCACCACCACCACCACCCCCACCAAAACUGCCUCCAGCACCUCUCCUCCUCAAACGGGGCAAUAGCUCUAUAGCACUUCUGGCACCAUCACUGAAAAAAGAUGGGCCGAUGCAAAUCACUCUCAAAGAUCUCCUGAACGUAAAACUGAAGAAGACGGACAGCAACCUGAGCAGGGACAAGGCAGAAUCACCAGUGAAGACACGCAGGGCAUUAAUUACAGUCUCAGACUUACAGAGCGUUAGUCUCAGACCUAAACCCAAGCCAUCAGCUCACAUUACAACCUCCUUAAUUACCCCUGGUAAAAAUCAGUUAGAUCUUCAAAAACUUCUGAAGAAAGUCAAUAUACAAAGAAGUCCUGGUGGCACUCCACUAAAUAGUAAAGAAAAUAUUGAGUGCGGGUCUGGGUUGACACCAAUAAUGACACAGGCACUACGGCGCAAAUUUCAGAUGGCUCAUCCAAAGAGUCCCUCGCCAGCCCGGUUAAGUGCUGCAAACAGCUUUGAUGAACAAAAGUAGAUAUCUGGAACGAUAUAUUUCUAACUUGUGGUCAGGAAGCCAUUUGAAUCCCAUUUUUAUCUCACUUAGGCACAUGUAUUUGUAAGUAAAUCUAGGGCAUAUGAAAAUGGGCCAUUUAGCAGAUUUCUGCUUUUUAAAGGCAGCAUAUUUCUACUAUGUUUCAGUCUGGUUGCAUCUCGUUUCUUAAAGAGGGGGUGGGGUGGGGAGAGGAAAAAAAAAAAAAAAAAAAGGACAUUUCCUGAAUCUCUUGUUACCUGGCUGUUGCUGAAGCAGGGACUAUUAUGUUCCCAGCACUGGUGCUACUUGUAAUAUAAAUAUGUGCAUGUUUGCUGAAAGUCAA